UUGCAUUCCCAGCAAACCAGUCACCUCUGUCCGAUGUGUCGUCAGGAAUGGAAGUUCAAGGAGUAGCUGGUUUGCCGAUAGUCCCGCAGGUGUCAGCACGCAACGAGUAAUCAGCAUACAAGAGAGGAUCGCCAUGUCUUCCCUGCAAGGUCUACCACCUUUACCGAGAAGUCUCAGUGGAUUCAAUUUAAGCGGUGGACGAGGCGAGGGUUGCGAGCCACCACCACCGCCUACUAGAUCUUCCAGUAAAACGCAAAGAGGCGGUAAAACUUCGAUCCAAUCGUCGUCCAGGCCAUCGCCACCUGCCAGACAGCUUACCACGUUGGAUACGCAACUGGCUAUACUGAGAAGAGAAAUGUUUGGACUUCGGCAACUGGAUCUCUCUUUGCUCGCUCAACUUUGGUCCUUGAACGAAUCUAUUCAAGAAUUUCGACAACUUCUGCAAGAACAAGAAGACAGAGCACCUUCUCCUUCACCCAGCAGCGAAGAAGGAGACGACACCUCUUACGGAACUCAUCCUCCACCACCUCCCAGAAGACCGGCGCCUGGUGUACACUUGCACAGACCACCUAGGCCACCAAGACCGCCCAGGCCACCCCCCAGCGACGAGUCACCAUCCAGCGAGGAAUACGGAGCUGUUUGACGCGUACAACUUCAAACUAUUCGUAUUCUAAGUCGCCUCACUCGACUAAUUGGUCGUAAAUUUCUACGCGUUAUAGCAAAUAAAAGAUCUUGUUUAAGGAAUUAGUAGAAAUCGGAUCGGGGAUUCGGUAAUAACCGAUGCGGUCGAUUCUACCUGUACAAGUGUCCGAACGAAGUUUUUUAGAAUGUAAUCUAACGCAUCGUUAUGAAAAACUUGUUGAUGCUCGAAGGUACCUGUAACAUUACAUUUCAAUGCGAGAACAUCGGAAAUUCUACGAUUCGAAAAUGUUUUUCCAAUUGCAGUCGAUCGCUUCAUAGAUUGCUGCAAAACCGUGCAACGCGUCACUUUUAUGGAGGAUUAGUUAUUUAAAAACGCAUACCAUUCGUUGGCUUACGAAACUAUCAAUGUCAAUCCAAGAAAACAACGAUCCUCUUUCUCUUUAUAUAUAUAUAUACACACACACACAAAUAAACAACAAACACACACACACACACACACACACACGCAUAUGUAUAUAUACAUUUCCUAUUAGGUAAGGAAAAAGUUUAUUGUCCUCGAUGAGAACUAUUUUUAGUUCAACACGCUCUUUUUCUCUAUUUGUGAUAGCAGUCGAAGGGGCCUUUGAUUAACUACGAUAGAUAUUCGUUUGCGCUAAUCGAGAUUUAUCCGCAAUCAUUGGUUGGGAGACAUUUGAAAAAGAUCCGAGCCUAAGGCACGAGAAACGGCUAGUGAGAUCCAAAGAACCGCAUUCGGAAGUUCUUGUCUCUUCCAUAUUUCUCCACUAUUACGUCCAUUACAGAGUUUUCUUUCUUGUUGAAAUACGGACAAACGCACUGAUGAGCCAGACGAUAAGAAUCUUCGAAUCACGAUACGACUUAUAUAAAGAUUUAUGUAGAUUAAUUCGAGUGUGUAAAAUAAAGGGAAGAACGAAAAA